AUGGCCCCUUGCUCGGCUUUCUUCUUCGUUACCCUUUGCUGGUUUACUCUUGGAAAGUCCAAUCUUGAGGAACUGUGGCAGGAUGUAAUAGCAAAGAAUAGGUGGGAGAAGCGUAACUUCAACGGCGCGGUAGUCGGGGUCGCUAUAGCCUGGUUAAUCGAAUGGACACUGGUGCUUCUAGCCCGUGCACCCUCUGGACCGAUCUGUCGCUUCUGUGGUCUGGGCUGGGAUUAUUUUGGCUUUGCUUUUUCGUGCCUUUGUGGUUCCUGGAGGCCCGGUAUCAAUAUGUACGACCAGCUUGUAGGCAAUUUUAUGGAGCUUUGA